AUGUCGGCCGCGUGGAAGGUCGCCCGGCGCACGCUCGGCACGUUCACGCUCCGGAAAGCUUUCUGCACCGACGCCAACAAGCCAAAGUCGGGCUUCGCGGCCGCCCUCGGUUCUCAGUCGGAGCUCGGUCGUCGUCGCCGCCGCCCGGAAGACGACGACGCCUCCUUCGCGGAUCUCCUCCGCCGCAGCCCGCUCGUCCAGAUGGGACCCGGCAAAGACAAGACGGUCGUGGGGAAGAUCUUCCACAUCGUCGGCGACGACCUCUACGUCGACUUCGGCGCCAAGUUCCACGCCGUGUGUCGGCGGCCGCAAGGGGACGAGCUGAAGCGCGGCGACAGAGUCCGCCUGAGACUGCACGACUUGGAGUUGACCGGACGCUUUCUGGGGGCCGAGUCUGACGUCACGCUGCUGGAGGCCCACGCUACCCUACUCGGCUUGGUUAAA